AUGUUUGGCCCAUUUCGAGCCUCACACAUAAGUUCAGGUGGCCUUCUCUGGAAGAUACCUUGGAAAUUAUCUGCCACUAGAAAGGCGAACGCUCGAACAAGACUAAAGAAAGUGGAUGCCGUGAUUGAAGCGGUUCGAGCGAGUGGGGUCGAAUGUGCAGCUCUAGACAGAGCACUGGAGCUUCCCAAGGAGCACGAAAUGCCUGCACGCGACAAAUAUACCGUCUUUUCACCUCAUGAACGAGGCUACCGUAAAGGUAUACACAAAGUACCUAAAUGGACAAGAAUAACACACAGAACGAACCCACGGGGUUUCUAA